ACUCGAUGUUCUUGUGUUUUUUUUUCUUCUUCCGUGUUUAGAUUGUAAACGUGAUCACUACGUACAUGACGUGUUGUUGUCGGAAGAGGAGCAGGUCAAGUUCAGACGCGCCCGCGACCGAGGAUCAGCAAACGUUCGAGCUCUGAACUUUAACACCAGCGUCUGGUUGUGAACGUGUUUUCACUUUCGUCUCUCGCUCACACGUCGCGCUGCCGAGCCGCAGUCUGCCGAGCGAGCGAGUGUGUUCGGAUGUGAAGAACGACCGGACCAUGCAGGAACCCCGAGCAGCGCCCCGAGCCGCCCGGAGCGCGGAGCGCUGCUUCGACAGCGCCACGCUGACCCUGGACGACGUGUACGACCUCGCCGAGCUGAUCGGCGCCGAGGUGGAGAAGCUCAUCGACGGCUACGGCAAGGAGAGCGUGCUGGGGCUGGUGCCGAGGCUGGUGACGGCGCUGGAGCUGCUGGAGAGCUUCGCGUCGCGGCGCCGCGAUCACACGCUGAAGGAAGCGGAGCUGCUCGAGACGUUCGAGGCGAUCCGGCUGCAGCAGCAGAGGAAACGAGCCGCCGCCGCCGCCAGAGAAGGCGAGGAGGCCGGCGACGGAAGAGAAGUACGGCAGGAGCUGCAGCAGAGGGAGCAGCAGUGGAGCAGCAGGUGUGAGGAGCUGCAGCUCCAGGUCCAGCAGCUCCAGGAGAACAGGGAGGAGCUGCAGAGCCGGCUGAAAGGCAGCCAUGCACAGGAAGAUCGUGUCCAGCGGCAGGAGCGAGAGGUGAUGCUGAAGCUGAAGCAGGUGGUGGACAAGCAGCGAGACGAGCUGAGGGCCAAAGUCCAGGAGAUCACCACCAUCUCAAAAGAGGUGGAGGCGCUCCAGGAGCAGCUGGACCGCUUCAUGAAGAUGAACGCAGAGCUGCGACACAAGCAGAAUGUGCUGCAGGCUCAGCUGAAGGGCACCGUGGAGAGGAAGGCCGACAUGGAGGCGGAUCUGAAGGAGAAGAGCAAAGAGAUCGAAAACCUCCAGGCACUGCUGGACAGAACCAACAGCAACAGCCCCUCCGGCCCGAGUCAAACGGCUCGAGAGCCGACCAAAAAGUCGACAGGUGACCAGAAGGAUCCCGAUCAGCCGUGCUUCACCAAGAAGGAGGUGCGGGACAUCAUUUUCGAGAGGAACGAGCUCAAAACCAACCUGUUCCUGGUGCAGGAGGAGCUCAGCUACUAUCAGAGGGAGAUCCUGAACGAGGAGAGGUGUCCCGGUUUCCUCUUAGAAGCCGUCGGCUCAGCCAUCAAGAAAAGGAAAAAGCUCAUUAAGGCCAAGAUGCUUGGAAUUUCUGCGUAUGAAUGCAGCAGCAGUGAUGAGGAGGAGAGGAGUUCUCUCUUCGGGCAGACAGAAGUAGACGGUGCACAAGAGGACAACACUGACAAACCGACUGAGUCCCGCAUUCGAAAUCUCUUUGGCUUUCUGACGCGGUCGGGCAGCGGCCGCAGCCCCACCCACAUGAGCAACUCCGCCUCCAGCUGGGAGAUCCUCGGUGACUCAGAGGCCACCGACGGGACGGAGAAGCGACCGUCCUCCUGAAUCUAGUACCGUCCUGAGGACCCCCCCCCGGAGUUUGUCUUCAUUCGACCCUUCUCUCCUGGGACGUCUUACUCAGCUUGUGGCAGAAAAUCUGGUCGUAACCCAGUGAAGAGGUUAGGUCAUCUGACUGCAGGCCCAGUGUGUAUAAGCACAAAGGCGCCAUCUGAGCGUGAGGAAAAAAUGUGUGGAAGUCUUUAAACAAACCCUUCAGCUUCAUUUCUAUCAAACUUACUUUCAUUUUCCAUUUUGUUAACCUUUAUUCAUUGAUAAACAAGAUAAACACUGUUUGACGCCGGUACAAACCGCACGGUGUACCACAGUAUCGAGGGAUAUUUUUUAAUUCACCACCACAAAGAUUCUUUCUUUUGUAUGACUUUAAGUAUUAAUUUAAAUAAUGAUGUUUUUCGUCAUUGCUUUAUUUUAGAAAAAUUAUUAUUUCACAUAUUUAUGUGAAAACUUUAACAAAAACCAAAGACAUCACAAAAGUAUAUAUUCUGAAAUGAAACUCACCACUGCUCUGAAAAAGAAGAUUGUUCAGAAGAUUGAAAAACUUUAAUUUGAACAAACUUAACUCAUUUGUGUGUAAGCAAUUAAAGUAUUUUUUUAAAGUUGGUAAUCAAUUUUCUUUUUUCAGUGUAGUAAUGUGGAAAACGGUAUAUUAAGUUAAACCUGGAUUCCACAAGAGGGCAUUGUUUCAUUUUUAUAAAAAUAUGAACUCAUGUAUUUUUCAUGAUUUCAAGCACUUUGUAGUUGUUGUCAUUGCAUCAGACUCUUCCAGCAGUGAGGGCAUUUUAAUAAGCCUUAACAUGUUGAAGAUAUAUAUUUUCUUAACUUUCAGUCAUCAGUCGCUGCACAGCGCCAAAGCUGGUGUGUAUUUGAUGCUGGUGCCAUAAGUGUGUGUCUGCAGACACGUCUUUCGGCCGGUGUAGACUGGUUACUUUACCUCUAAAGGAAGUUGUGAUCUUCUUCGUGGAAAUGAAAAGAGGUGUGGGGAUUUUUUCCCCCCUAGCUGACAGGUUAAUAUAAAAUAACUCAACAUUGCAAUCUGAUGCCUUUAAAAGCACCGCAGCACUACACAGACCCAACAGUCGUGUUGUAUUUAUUAAGAGACGGUGUGUGACCUUCAAAUCAGACCGUGCUUUCAUGAAUUACUGUUUGCAACCUAUUUUUGUAAGCACGUUUAUAGUGAAACCUUUAUGCUGACAAAAGCAUAUUUAAGAUGUCAAUUGCCAUGUGAGUGAACUUUAUUGAAAAUGUGACAAUUCACAAUGUGGAUUUUCUGUGCUCUUGAAAUGUCAAAAUUCAAUAAAAUCUAUUAAACACAGA